ACACAAGCCAGCCUGAGCCGCAGAAGAGGAAAAAGCACCCCAUUUGAUGCUGCUCGCUGGCCGACCGCGACCAAGAGUAAAGUGAAGAAGUGUAGUGUGAUAGGACAUAUUUUUCCUACAACAGAGCACAAGCACCACACACAGUCGCUCAGUUUUAGUUUUUCGGUUUUUAUAAUUUGUAAUAAUUCUACGCAACGUUUCGCGAGUUUUUCGGGAAGAGAUUAGUGACCCAUUGCGGCGGAAUCUACCAACUGCGUUCAUUUGCGGAAAGUGUCUAGCUUUAGUAUCAGCUUAGUUUCAUAAGGUGGAAUUUUAGUUCAAAAUAAUGUUUUAUCCUCUGCAACCAACUUUUGAGGAUGGAGAGAUCGAACUUGCCCGUACGGAGGUGCUGGCCCAGGAUCCGAUGGUGGACAACAAACACGCCCUCGCCGUAUCGCUAGCCCGCUCGGAGAUGCUCGUGCAGGAUCCCAUGACAGACCACAAGCAAGCUCUCGCAAUGUCCCUGGCGCGGUCGGAGAUAUUCGUUCAGGAUCCCAUGGCAUCAGAGCAUAAGCAUCCCCUGGCAGUGUCACUUUCGCUAGGAAACACAUUAAUCAAUCUGAACAAGAUCAAAUGCCCGCAGUGCAGAAAGCGCUUCGAUACGAUGGAGGAGAUGCAACAGCAUCGCACCAAGCAUCUGACUGAAAACAAGUUUAAGUGUGAGAUCUGUGGCAAAGAAUUCCCCAGCCAUAGUUCCAUGUGGAAGCACACCAAGGCCCACACUGGCGACCGUCCAUUUGUAUGCCAGAUUUGCAAUAAGGGUUUCACACAGUUGGCCAACCUGCAGCGGCACGAUCUGGUGCAUAAUGGAUUGAAGCCUUUCAAAUGUCCCAUCUGUGAAAAGUGCUUCACACAACAGGCUAACAUGUUGAAACAUCAGCUACUGCAUACCGGACUCAAACCUUACAAAUGUCCAGUGUGUCAGAAAGCAUUCUCGCAACAUGCCAACAUGAUCAAACAUCAGAUGCUUCACACAGGUUUGAAGCCUUAUAAGUGUCCAGUGUGCCAAAAGGCCUUCACUCAACACGCCAACAUGGUUAAACAUCAGAUGCUUCAUACCGGCUUAAAACCAUACAAAUGUCCCGUCUGUGACAAAGCAUUUACCCAACAAGCCAAUAUGGUUAAACAUCAGAUGCUUCAUACUGGAGUAAAACCUUACAAGUGUUCCACGUGUGGCAAGGCAUUUGCACAGCAGGCAAACAUGGUCAAGCAUCAGAUGCUUCAUACCGGAGUCAAACCGUACAAAUGUCCAACCUGUGGAAAAGCUUUUGCCCAGCAGGCGAACAUGAUGAAGCAUCAGAUGCUCCACACCGGACUAAAACCGUACAAGUGUAGUACGUGUGGCAAAGCAUUCGCCCAGCAAGCCAACAUGGUUAAGCAUCAGAUGCUUCAUACGGGUAUUAAACCGUACAAAUGUAGUACAUGUGGUAAAGCAUUUGCCCAGCAGGCGAACAUGGUCAAGCAUCAGAUGCUUCAUACUGGAGUGAAACCCUACAAAUGCUCAGUGUGCGACAAAGCGUUCGCACAGCAGGCCAACAUGGUCAAGCAUCAGAUGCUGCACAGCGGAAUAAAACCAUACAAAUGUCCCACUUGUGACAAGGCUUUUGCCCAGCAGGCUAACAUGGUCAAGCACCAAAUGCUGCACACUGGUGAAAAACCAUUCAAAUGCAAAAGCUGUGAUAAAGCAUUCUCACAACGUGCCAACCUGAAAAAGCACGAGAUGGUGCAUCUCGGAAUUCGUCCGCACACCUGUCCACUGUGCUCCAAGUCGUACUCGCAAUACUCGAAUCUGAAGAAACAUCUGCUGGUCCACCAGAAGCAGUCCAUGAAGCAGCAACAGCAGAACGGCCAGGUUAUGAUGAUCCUAUACAACUGCCAAACUUGCAAAAUGCAGUUUGAGAACAUUCUCGAAUUCGAAAGGCACACCAAGCAGUGUAAUGAGCUUAACAAUGGCAACCAUGGUCUCAAACUGGAGCAGAUCAACAUUAAGAGCGAAAUCGACAUGGACAGUAGUUCUAACCAUGGAAUUGCACAGCACAUCACUAUACCUCACAGUCAACCCCAGACACCGAUGCACAUACCCUCGGCAAUCCUGACUUCAGUGAUCUCAUCCGCUUCGACGAUAGGAAAUGGCCAUACUUUAAGCACGAGUCACAUCCACCAUCCAACAACCGGUCAUCAGCAGUAUCCUCAGCAACAGCACACUCCUCCAGCUGUUGUCGUCACUCAGCAUCAAUCGCAACAACAACAGCAGCAUCAACAACAGCAACAGCAAGCACAACAACAACAACAAACAGCUCACCAGCAACAGCAUUCUCCAGUUGGUCAUCAACAGCAUCUAACCCUCCAGCAGCAGCACAAUCUGCCAAUCCACCUGCAGCAGCAACUGUCGCAUCACCUAAUAUCCUCGCAUCUUCCGCACCAGGAUCACGGUCCAGCCGACCUGCACCACCAGGUGAACUUCCAUCAUCCCCACAUUUCCCAUAUUCCAAACCUGCCGCACAAAAUUCUCUCCCCUCUGUUCCACAUCCCCCCAUUCAACAACAACCACAGUACAUAAUGGAACGUCCGGCGGGGAUCCCCACUGAGUGGGGAAUCCCCACAACAGUCGGCUGCCAUAGCUGCCACGACGGCUACUCGAAGAGUAAAGAGUCCUUGCACGCCCGAUUCAACGGCUGCGGCUGCUACCGCUACUGACGACUCCGUCGAUGGUGGCAGGACACCGCCAUCACCUCAAUGAAAAUGCUUGUUGUGUUGAACUUAUUAUUGAGAGGGGACAGCAAGCAAACAGUAACUCUAAUCAAAACUAGAUACGACAGCCAAAAUGCAACGUAGGAUGGCACUACUACACUAUUAUAUAUUAUGUAAUGUAAGAAUACUCAGAGAGUAUUAGUGUGAAGAUAAAAAUGCGGCAAUCUGAAUGUUUUGAGACAGUUCUAUCAUUUAGGAAUUCUAUUGAGUAAACGGGAGGGCUACUGUGAACGAAGGCAGUAGUUCACCAAUACAAACAAAAGGCUUUCUCUUCUAGAGUUUUUUUUUCUUUAAUACUGAAAAGAAUGGAUGGUACAACAGCACGAUACUUUACUUACCAGUUAUUAUAGAGAAAAAAAUACCAUUGAAAUUUUACUCACUGUGUUUGUUUCUACGGAAAUUUCUAACCUUCGAAAGCAUCUUCAAUGAUUUUCAAAAAAAAAAAACUUAAACGUGAUUGAAAUUGUGCUAUUGCAGUAAAAAUUAUCUAUGUUCACAAAUACAUACGAUUUUUCAACUAUUUCAAAAGUUUCACCUCUUCUCCAGGGAAUCUCUGCCUUAGAUUAUACAUGGUUUGAAAUGCAAUGCAUUCGGAUGGGUUUCCUAAUUUUAUUUUGCCUAACGAUAAAUUUCAAUGGUAUAUUUUUUUGGUAAUAUCGGUAAACGAAGGGUACCGCGUUGGAGCCCGCUAUUGUAUCAAAAGUUGACUAGGAAUGUAAGGAACACACACAAAGAUGGAAAUCUGAUUGUUGAUAAGCGAUACACUGCAUGUUACUUAUAUUUGCGCGAGGGGUGGCCGCCGUAACGCAGGCAAGCAAGCGCCACCACUUCUACUCAGCUGUGCUAGGAGAGAGAAAAGUGGCAGCAUACGGCGGCGAAUGACGACGAUUAGGCGCGAAACCCGUUUUUUCUGGGUGGGAGCGAGUCUCUGUUAUUAUAGAUGCUGAUAUAGUUAGAAUAUUGAAAACCAAUAGAGUGGGAAGGUGUAGGAGAAGGCCGCGAGAGAGAGAGAAAGAGUAGACCAAGGAAACAAAGUGAAAGGAUUGUGAUUACGAAAGCUCAGAACAGUUUUCGUAUUCGUUCAGCAACCUGAUGUGAUAUUUUUUUCCGGGACAUGAGCAGGGUUUCUCCCGAUAGCGCACUGCGACGGAUGAAGAAAGGUUAAUUAUUCUAAGAUUGGAACAGUAAGGAAAUCGAUGUGUCAUUUGAGAUAGUUCUGUUUGAUUUGGAAACAUUAUUGUUUUGCUUGUAGGUUUUGAAGGUUGCAAUAGAAAAGGGUUAUUUCGAAUUAGUGUUGAGCAGUUUUGGCGUUCAGAUGAUUUGCAAAUAGACUGAUCAAAUCCAUUAAAAUGACAUCCGGGUUGACUAUAAGUCAAAUUACUAAACUUCUGCUGUUUGAACAGCAGGUUUGACUCUGCAAAUGAGUUUCACUAAAACUUUUCUAAAUAAAAUAAAAAUAAAAAAGCACUAAAAAAAGUUCGGCUAAUAUGCGCUCCCUAAUGAAUGACUCGAUUUUAGCCUUGAAACGCGGAAAUAUUACCCAUUAUACUUGCCGCCAGGCAUGGGAAACACUCAAAAAUCUCGUUAAUACAGAUAAAAAAAAAAUAAACACUCAAGGUAAGUGUAUCAGUUAUCGCCAUAGUGGUUCCCUAUUUGGUGGAAAUUUAGAAAGUUUUCAAGCUCUGACCUUUUAUAAAAGUUUUAGUAGCAUGAAUUCAAAUGUAUCUUAUCAUUAAAACUCUUGAAGAGAAGAGAAGCAAAAUUUUGAAUUUCGGCAGGAGUUUCUGCCAAGAUUCCAUCGAGAAUUCCUUUCGAGAUUUUUCCGAUGUUCCUACCGGAACAUCUGAGAGUUAUUGCUGAGAUUACUAACAGGCUUUCUGCAGGAGUUUCCCGUGGGGUUUUUGGCAGGAGUACCUCCCGGGAUUUCUUCUAGAGGUGCUUUCAAAGUUACUCGUUGAAUUCCUUCCGGAGAUCCAUCUGUUGGUGGCAGUAGUUCCUCUCUGGAGCCACCAAAUAUUGGUGGCAGUAUAUCCUCUCUGGAGCCACCAAAUGUUGAUUUCAGCACAAUCUUCCAGUUAGCAGCACGAUUGGUGUGGUGUUGGUCAGCACUCUUGUCCACAGCUAUCGCGAUGAAUAAUCGACGAUGAUCAGGAUUAUGAAAACCACAGUCGUUUCACGGUACCGUUGCGAAUUCGUGUGUGCCACCCAACAGACUAAACGCAACGCGUUACUUUCGAACACCGAUACUACUCAUGGUGCGGUAGGAGGUUCGAGAGGGAGAAUGAUUAAAAUCGAUACGUCCAAAUCGUGUGUGAUAGCAUUUAGGCCUCAUGGCAAUAUUCUCGCAUUCGGAACCUUUAGCACUAAGGCCUUUCUAGACUCUGAAUUCUCAUCUAAAAGGGACUGGCUACCCGUCGAAGAGAAUUACCAGAGUGAGAAAUGGCUUCUACACUUGGAUAUAAAUCAAACUGGCCUUUUCUAGACUCAAAAUUCUCCUCUAAAUAGGACUUGCUACCCGAAGAGAAGUAUCCGCUCUUUUGAAGGAUUUAAUUGUGCUAGUUCAGGAUCAAAGGAAUUAAAGAAGCAAAAUAAUAUUUAACCGGAUGGGAACGUUUUUACGUUAGUACGAAACCAAAAUAAUGAGUUAAUCGGGAGGUAUCCAUUGUGGAACCAAAACAAAACUAACUGUCGUCUUUAUUGAUCUUCCUCUUUUAUAGCCGCAGGGCUAACUAAAAAUUACACAUAAUUUCUCCUGAAAGGAUAAUUAAAUAGUGGUUUUCUUAGAGACGAAUGCCCCUUCAGAGUAAAGUCUAUAUAAACAAAAAAAAAUGGUGGUUUUCGUUAUGAUCUACACAUCUGGUAGAUCCCUACCAGAUACAUUUGGUACGUGUAUUAAUAAGAAUGGGGACCAGAAUAUUCAAGAUGACAGCUGAUAGAUGGAGUUAUUGGCUCUAAAACCAUAUGCAAUAUGGAAAUAUUUGAUGUUCAGAGUCCAAAAAUGGUGACUAGAAAAUCCAUAGUGGUGGUUCACAACUCAAGAUGGCUGUUAUUUUCAAAAAGUUUUGGCUCAAAUUGCAUAUGGUAUGGGAAAGAUAUACAGAGUUCAAAAAUGGCCAACCAUGAAAUAUGGGUAAAUUUGGUAUAAUCAGAGUUCGAAAAUAGAACCAAGAAAUUCAAUAUGGAGGCCAACAAUUCAAGAUGGCGGCUAUGUUUAUAUCAACAUAUUGCGGUUGUAAUUCUAAUAGGUAUUUUAGAAAUAUAGUACUACUAACCUGGAGAGGCUGAAGUUGACCAGUUUACGCAAUUCAUGCCUGAAAUGAAAAGAAACCGUCAAUUUAUUUUGAAUUCGGUUUCUACCUAAUUCGAAAUUGCCCUUUACAUUACCAACAAUACCUACUUAUGAAAACGACAGUCCAGAAAAUGAUCAAUACUGUAAUUGUACAUUACGUUAUAAUCUAGCACUAGAAGUAUUAGAAUAGGGGUAGGCGGGGCAAUAUGGACACCCUAAGGUUUUUGCCAAUUUUACCUGGCAAGAUGUCAAAAAAGUUUAGUUUUUUGAUACAUGUAUCCUUUUAAAGUCUAUUUAGCAUCUAUUGCAUAAGAAUGCUCACGAAGAAAAAUGAUUUAUCCACUUCAAAAAAUGUUAUGAAAAAUGUUAGUUUUUCAUGAUCGUCUUCAAGCAUACGGGGCAGAAUGGACACCCCCAUGGGGCAAUAUGGACACCAUGAGACUUUUACGAAUUUCGUACAUUAUUUACACCUAUAAAGUCAUUUUAUUACAAAACAACUAUUAUGGAUGAAUAAUACGCCGAAGUAGUUAAUUUUUGUUCAGUUAAUUUAAUUUCAGGCUGUUUUGGAUAAAGCUUCGUUUUUGUCGACAUGUACAGCUGUGCCUAGAACAACUAUUUUCCACUGCUGUCAUUUUUUGACCAAUUUGUUUCACCCUAUGUCUACUAUAGUGAACUUUUAACCGAAAAUAUACUGAAAUCGAAGAAUUUGGUUGGUUUGUGAUUUAGGUUAUAUUUUUCCCUUGCCGCUUCUUUCAAAAAGGUGAGUGUCCAUUUUGCCCCGGCAGCAGAAGAUAUUUCCAAACUUGAUUUUUGAUAUAAUAAAGAAGAAAAUAUAAACAUGUUAAGCAUGUACAUACAGCAAAACUACUUGCAUGUGUUCUAGAAAUAUCAGGUUUUAAUCGGCCUGCAAUAAAUUAAUCACUAAACCUUAUUUUAGAUGGUGUGAAAAUUAUAAUUUCCAUGCACAAAAAAACGGAGGACGCAACUUUUUCGUGUAAAAUCAAGUAUAACUUUAAUUUCGAAUGUUUCUUUCCUGAAACUACGUUUUAGACAAAUGGACUAUAUUCUCCAUUCAUUAAAAGUUCAAAAAAGUUCGCAUAUUUCAAAAUAUUGAGGGUGUCCAUUCUGCCCCGGGUGUCCAUAAUGCCCCGCCUACCCCUACAUAAAUUUAGACUUACAUUUUCAAAAAUAAUACAAAAAAAAAAUGCGACAAACAUUCGAUCAGUGAAACAACACAAUACACACACGAAGCCACAUUUCUAACAAGUUAAGCGCGCAUACUACAUGCAAUUAGACACUGUAGCACAUCGACUCCCGGACCCAAUCUAGUAUUUGUUUUGCCAUGAUGAAUUUUAUAGAUAUGACGAUGAUUUGUGAUUUGCCGUAAUGAAGUAACCAUAUUUCCCAUACGCGUAGAGAGGAAGAGAGACACGUAUAACAUUAUUCACAUGCAUUGCUACACCGUAGAUAUCGUAGUGGUUAGUGAAAUUAACACACGUCACAAAUAUCAAAGUUCGGGCUACAGUUCCUAAAAUCAUCGAACAUUCAAGAAGAGAAGAAGAGAAUUGCACGUUGCUAGAAUGCAGCACAAACACAAAUAAAAGCCUAAUCUCAGCAAACAUGGAAGCAUGAAACCAUUAGAAUUUAGUUAGAAUUUGUAUUCCAAUUACUCUUUUGUUUUAGUCAUCCAGCCAAUAUCGCCUUAGGGUUACGAUCUCGUAACAAUUUAUACUACUACACAUAUGUGGUUUUAUGAUCUCACCACACACCAACACUCACAACACACACACCACAAACAUCUCUCCGUUUCGCCCUCGUUGUGUGGUAUAACUUGGAUUUUGUCAUUCUUUUUUCAAACAAGGAAAAAUGUAAAAUGUUUGCCAUUUUCUAAUUAAAAAAAAAAACAAAAGAAACAUCCCAGAAACUAUUUGCUCCUAUUUGUGCUAGUCUUCAAAAGAAUGAAAAACCAAGUAAUGCUUAAAAUACGAGAACUGGUAGGAAUAAAUAGAACGUGACUAAAAAGGGAAGAAAAUUAAAUAAUUCACCUUAACCGCUCUAAUAGCAGUAUAGUUUUACAUAAAGUAGUGAGAGAAGAGCAUAAGUAUAAAUUUAUUCACCAAGUCAGAGACUGUUUUAGUGUGGAUGGUGACGGAAAAGGCGAUGAGUUAAAUGGAGAUCAUCUAUCGAUUAGAUCUCUUGUGCGAUAACAACAUUAGCACACAUUUAACUGGUGAUUCGCCUCUUUCCGAAAUACUAAACGACUGAAAGAUAAAGAUUUCGCUAGAAAGUGCUUAAAACCAAUAAUCGUUAAAAGGAGUUGACAAAACACCUGCACGGUGCAUCCAUUAUUGCGCAGUAGAGUGGCCCAGACUGACCAAAAGCUGGAAUUCCAAUUCUAAUCUCUGAAGGAAAAGCUUCAAAAUAAAGCUGACCAACUUGGUGGUUUAACAGCUAGGCUACCGUUUCGUAUACAGAAGGUCCUGACCUUGCAUUAUAUUUUGUGUUGUUCUUUCUACACUGUGUACACACUGAAGAUGCAUUUUGCUACAUAAGCUUGGGCCACUCUAUUGGGCAGUCAUGUUAAGAAAAGAGCAUACUCAAAAGUCUUCCACUUGUGAUUUUAACAGAGCUAAGAAAAAGAAAGCCUGUAACUUUCCGUCGAAUGCGCGAAAUUCCACAAUACACACCGUGUACGGUCGUACGAUGAUCGAUCGAUCGUUGAGAUGACUCGUGAAACGUUUCCCUCGAACAAUUCAGAACUAUGUAAAGAAGAAUAGGUUUUAUUUGAUCUUCAGAUUCAGGUUUAGGUUUACUUUUUUUACUAACACCCUAGUGAGUAGAACUUGUGCUGUGGGGUGAUCCAUCGUAUCGAAACAUUCGCGCAUUUUUUUCAUUUAAUUUAAAGCUAGGAAAGCUAUCUCCGAUCGGGAUCACCCAACCACUAAAAUGAUAAGAAGCAAACACAUACGUAUAAGACUUAGGGCUCAUAAACACUUGAAUAACGGUUACAUCCCAUGGGGUCCUCCCCCUGUUGGAUGCUGGUAGAUGCUGCAAUGCUUAUUCGAUAACUACAGACAGAAUUUUACAACGACAAACCCAUCAUAAAGGGAGUACCCCCUUGGCAUAAUGUCAUUUAGCAUAACAGCACUCACGUUCCUUCUUUCCAAAUUGCUAUUCUUGAUGUUAUGUCAAAAGGCAUUAUGCCAAACAGGGUAAGUCCCUAAAACAUAAAUCAGUAAUAAAAAACUAUCUUUUACCCCUCCCCAUAUGAAAACAAUUGAAAGAAAAUCGUUAGUAUCCCACAAGCUGAGAAUUAUGUUUUUGUGUUCCGAUUCUUAUGUUUGUCAUGACUCGCGAUAAUAUUAUGUGUAAAAAUUUCAUACAACACGACAUCUCCGUAGCAGGGAGGCUUUCUAACACAGAACGUAACCUCCAAAAAAGUAACACUUCACCCACAAAUACACACACAAACAUACUCACAUGAACACAUCUACAACAUGGCUGGUGAUAAGGCAGGAACGUGAAAGUGUUACCUUAGUGCGAAUGUGAAAAUCCAUGAAUCGAAUAACGAAAAAAAAAGAAAGUCAUAGAGAGGGAGAGCAAGAAAAGUCACAAGUAAAACAAGACAGAGUCAGUUAGAAACCGAUGAUCGCAAGAAGUAAGAAGCAAUGCUGUAUAACAGUUAUAUUUAGCUAUACACAACUCAGUGCAAAUGUAAGGAAAAGAAAGUCUCUACAACACAAGAAAAGGUGCAGAGGAAAAAUGUUUUAAUAAGCGUUAGAUAAAAGGUGACACGUUUUUACCUAAAAUAUUGUUUUUAGAUGAGUCAGAGAAGAGAGGAAAUAUAGAUAGAUGGUUGAAGCGAGGCAAUGAGGAAGAGAAAGGAGAGCAGAGAGUUUAAUUACGUUGACAGGUUACACCAAUUCAUUACGCUGUGCGACACAUGAUUGAUUCAUAGUUUAAGUUUGAACCUUCCUCCCCCGAUGAACCUACCAACCCAGUUUAUUUCUGCGAGUCUAUACUAAAACCGACCGGCUAGUUUCAAUGCUAGAACAAACACAUUUGAUGACACGUUUGUUUAUUUUUUGAAUUUUGCCUUCCUGCAACACCAGCAGCGCAAGUGUUUUCGUUAUAGCAAUUUGACACAUGAAAUAGUUUAGAUUUUCCACCUUUUUAUAUAUGCCUUCCUAUUAUUACAACACAAUCAAAUAAAAAUUACAAUAUAGAAGCUUAUAGUCAUUAAAAUCGCA